GUGGCCACUAGGGGCAUCACCAACCAGUCCAGUCCCGGACUGGCGGACUGCAAUCACAGCACGGUAGGACCAGGACUGCUGGCCGAAGCAGAAUUUACUGCGGAAUGACAGGACGUGGAGCUCAGCCAUCACUCUUUAAAGUUGACACAUUAAACUGUCUGGUCACUUAAUUUCUGGAAAUGAAUCCCAACAUAUCGUUAAUGGACGGUGGAGCCCACGGAGAAAUACUCGAAGUUGGACUUCCAAGGUGUUAACACUCGCUGACGUUCGCGAACACCGCUAGCCUGCUAGCCCGUCGAAGCUAGCAUGGCCAACCCGGAGAACGGUCGUCGCUCGGCGGAUACGAGGAGCAUCAGGACCGUCAGCAGCAGCCACAUCGACGACGAGAGCUCACUGGGCUCCGACUCCGAGAUCAACGGCUUCACCAGCGAGAGACAAACCGAUAAAUAUGGAUUUAUUGGUGGAGCGCAACAGUACACGGAGGCUUCAGCGUUGGAUGUGCCUCCAGCAGUGCUGAGGCAAAGGGAAGUCAAGUGGCUGGAUAUGCUCAAUCAUUGGGACAAGUGGAUGAUCAAGAGAUACAACAAGGUGAGGCUUCGUUCCCAAAAAGGAAUCCCGCCUUCCCUGCGAGGCCGUGCAUGGCUCUACCUUUCAGGGGGAAAGGUCAAAAAAGAGCAGAACCAAGGAAAGUUUCAGGAGUUGGAUAGCCAGCCAGGGGAUCCAAAAUGGCUUGAUGUGAUUGAAAAAGACCUGCAUCGACAGUUUCCAUUCCACGAGAUGUUUGUGUCACGAGGAGGACACGGGCAGAAGGACCUUUUCCGUGUUCUAAAGGCCUACACGUUAUACAGACCAGAGGAGGGAUACUGUCAGGCGCAGGCUCCCAUUGCUGCUGUGUUACUCAUGCACAUGCCUGCCGAGGAUGCAUUCUGGGGGCUGGUGCAAAUUUGUGAGAAGUACCUUCCUGGUUACUACAGCCCGGGCCUGGAAGCAAUACAGUUGGAUGGAGAGAUCCUAUAUGCUCUGCUCAGACGCGUCUCCCCACUUGCCUACCGGCAUCUGGAGAAACACAAGAUUGACCCCAUCCUCUACAUGACUGAAUGGUUUAUGUGUGCCUUCUCCAGAACGCUGCCAUGGGCCUCAGUGCUGCGUGUCUGGGACAUGUUCCUCUGUGACGGUGUGAAAAUAAUCUUCCGAGUGGGCUUAGUGCUACUAAAGUGCAUGCUGGGUAGUCGUGAGAAGCUGAAGGCCUGCCAGGGCCAGUAUGAAACCAUGGAGCUUCUCCGUGCCAUAGAACCUCGAUACAUGCAGGAGGGCUUCCUUGUCCGGGAGAUCCUGGAAGUGCCAAUUACAGCGCGAGACGUGGAAAGGGAGCAUCACACCCAGCUCAAGCGCUGGAAGAAGAACCACGGAGAGCUCAGUUUCAAGUCACCUCCCAGGAUGCACGGUGCCCGUCUCAUCAUGUUGGCUGACCCGCCGAGGCGCCAGGACCUGCAGCAGCACCCCACCAUCUUAGUGCAGGAAGUGGAGCUCAGCCAGAAACUGAAGAAGGGCAAAGAGCAGAAAAACAAGAAGAAAAGUGUGAAGUCCCAGCUCCACGAGGAGAUUCCAAACCCUUACCCUCUUCCCAGUGCGGCGCCGCCACCGCCCGCUUAUGCACCAGCCCCACCUCCAGUUCUAAACAAGCCCUCAGAGACUGAAACUAAACCACUUCAUCCGGAGCACACACCUUGUGCAGAAGAGACUCCUCUUCAACAAUCUACACACAGCCUUAACAGCACAGAGCAAGAUACAUACCUGUAGCUCUGAAGUUGUGUGUUUGAAUGUGUGUGUGGAAGAAAGCACCAGCAUCCUUCAGCCAACCUGUCAUGGAUAAGUGUUGGACGUCCUAGCGCAGCAUUUUAUUGUGUGAUGGUGUUCAACUCCCGUGUAAGACACUCUUUAUUUCCUCCAAACAUCUCCACAUUGUGUCCUCGUGGUCACUGACUUCCUGGGAGACUCGCACAAUUUCUUUUGGGUGUUGGGGAACCAAAAAGUGCCAAAACUAAUGUAUGUUUUAUGUCCACGCAGAUCCAACACUAUAUUUGAAAGUUUACCACAGAUGUGAGUUUUCCAACCACUUUCAAUAGUGAGUAGUGUUUAUGAAAGGUUUUCAUCACUAGGGGGCAACCCGGCAGUUGCCUUUCCUUCUACAUUCCCUGUUGGUGGAGUUUACCACAUUUAAUUUGGGAGAUUAUAUUUCUGAGAGUGUUGUUUUUUGUUUUUAAUCUUCACUUUAAACACUUUAUCAUUUCAGUUUUAUAUUGUCUUACAUUUACAUUCAAAUAUAUUACUGAUCUGUUCCGUUAUUUAUUCCGUAUUCUCUAUCACACAAGCCUUGCUGAUGCACAAAUUGCCCCCCCCCCGCCCCUCCAAUUAUCACUUGGUAUUUAAAGUGAUCCUUUUCAACACCACAGUCACUGUGCCACAUUGUGCAGCUUUGAAGCAGCAUAGAUCAGCAACAAGAACACAGCAUAAACAUCCUUGUUGCAAGUGCAAUGCCAAAUGCUAGUCAGUAUAACUAAUGGCUUUGUGCGUGAAUUUCCUGUCAGAACUUGCUCAUUUUUAUAAUGGUGCUGACCUAACUUUUGGGAUUGUUUGGAAAUUCUCCACUUGGAGCAUUUUGACCUUUUUUUUAAAAAUUUUUAUUUUAAAUUUUUUUUAUAAAUCUUGCUGAAAGUUCCAAAUCAGAUCAAGCUGUUCAAGGCUUAUUCCAGUUCUACAAUAUAUAUUUUGUUUUCUACUUUG